GCGAGCGGAAAGCGAAGCGAAGGUGACGAGACGAGACCAAGUGGAGCCAAAAGCGGGCGGCACCGCACCGCAGGAGGAAGGCUUUCGGUCGCGGUCGAGCACCUAAGGUUUUCGCUGCCCACUUCGAUGGUGGCGAGCUGAAGCCGGAAGCUGGGCGGGUGGAGGGGGAGCAGGAGACGACGAGGGGGAGAUGGUCUUGUGCUCCAUGGUGCGCAAGUCGUUCAAGGACUCGCUCAAGGUGCUCGAGGCCGACAUCCAGCAUGCCAACACCCUGGCAGCGGAUUUGUCGAGGGACUACGAUGGGGCCUCCGUCCAGAUGCGGAUGUCCUACAGCCCCGCCGCGCAGUUCUUCCUCUUCCUCGUGCAGUGGACUGAUUGCAGCCUCGCCGGCGCGCUUGGGCUGCUUAGGAUUCUAAUUUAUAAGGUUUAUGUGGAUGGAAGUACCACCAUGUCCACUCAUGAGAGGAAAGCAAGCAUCAGGGAAUUUUAUGCUGUUAUAUUUCCCUCCCUCAUGCAACUGCACAAGGGGAUCAGCGACGUUGAUGACCGGAGGCAGAAGGCGGUCUGUACAGAGAGAUACAGAAGGAGAGAUGAGGAUGAGAGCUCUAGGCAGGCUUCUGAGAUUGAUAUUGAAAGAGAGGAAGAAUGUGGGAUUUGCAUGGAGAUGAAUAGCAAGGUUGUCCUGCCCAACUGCAGUCAUGCUAUGUGCAUGAAGUGCUACCGUCAAUGGCGCUCAAGAUCUCAGUCCUGCCCCUUUUGCCGUGAUAGCCUCAAAAGAGUGAAUUCUGGUGAUCUGUGGAUGUUCACCGAUUACCGCGAUGUAGUUGACAUGGCAACUCUGACUAGAGCGAACCUCAGGCGCCUGUUCAUGUACAUCGAGAAGCUGCCUCUCGUUACACCGGAUAACAUCUUCUAUGCCUAUGAUUCUCAUAGGAUGUUUCUUGUCCUAGGAUGUGGCUAACCUUGGAGCAACGUGUGGGCUUUGACGAGAGACCCUGAGAGCUCUGAUUGAGGUGUAGAGUGUGCUUAGGUUUUGUAAAUAUCUGUGCAAAUUUAUAAUGCUGUGAAAAAGUUUAGGAGACGCCUUGUGUUAUAAAGUUGCAAGCUCUAAUCAGAUAGUCAGUACAUGUA